GGAGUUAUUUUUGAUGCAAAUUUUCAAGUGUGUGCGAACUGUAUACUACUCACUGGACGGUGUGUGUUGUUUAGAGGAAAAGCUGCAGUUUUACAUUACGGACAGCUUGAUUUGAUUACCUAAAAAGGUUUAAGUUGUUUCAAUUUCUUAUGUAACGAACGACCAUCCUAACAAUUCGCAAGACAAAUUGUCAAUAAGUUUUACAUAACUUAUGUUCCUCAAGAGAAGUGUCAUUUUUGCUGCUCAACACAUCGUCAGAAAUCAAAGAAUAUUUUCAAGUUCGUUCCAUCUGAGUGCAGCUAGAAACUCAAAACCGUUCGUAAUGGAAACCAAAGAAGAGCUUCGUAAGAGAUUAACGCCAUUGCAGUAUCAGGUAACCCAGGAAGCAGGAACAGAACGAGCAUUUACUGGAAAAUAUGACAAAUUCUACGAACACGGUGUCUAUCAGUGUGUCGUCUGCCAUCAAGAUUUAUUCAGUUCGGAUAAUAAAUUUGAUUCGGGAUGCGGCUGGCCAGCAUUUAAUGAUGUUUUAGAAAAGGGAAAGGUUACACUACACAAGGACGCUAGUAUUGCAGGCAGCAAUCUCUUACUUCUAAUUAAACAUCCAGAGAGAAUACGAACGGAGGUGCGAUGUUCGCAAUGUAACAGUCACAUGGGACACGUCUUCGAAGAUGGACCGAAGCCGACGAGGAAGCGAUACUGCAUCAAUUCAGCCGCUAUCGAAUUUUUGUCUGCCGAUGAAUUAAAUGCGAAAAAUCAGAGCUAAUUUGUUGUUCAGUGUUCCGCGGAGGCUAAGUUAUAUUUAUCAUGGUGUUUCAUUAGUGUAACUGUAAACGCAUUAUUUAUGAUUUCGUAACGAGAUAAUAUUUUGUUGAUUAAUUUCUAAUGGUUUUUUUUUUUUGAUGAAUUGUAAACUUUCUGCCACGAAAAUAGCGUUCGUUGUACUAAUUUUUGUAAUAAUAGAGAACACAAAUUUUGUUUUGAGCGAUUGCGCGUAAUAAAUUCUAAAAGUGAAUGCUGUGA